UCCUUCCUUCCUCUAUAGUAAAAAAAAAAUAACAAAGUUUUAUUGUAUAUAUAUUUUAAAACUGGGGCUUAAACAAAGACAGACCUCAUCACACACCUCUAAAACUAUAUUGUUUCUCUCUUACAAAGAAGAUGGAUCAGUCAUCAUCGACGUUGCUCAUAAACCAGAGAAAGUCAUCAUCGUCGAAGCAAAAGAGGAAGUCAACGACGACCACGACUACGAACAAACACAUCAAAGUCCGUUACAUAUCGAAUCCUAUGAGAGUCGAGACUUGCCCUUCUAAGUUCAGAGAGCUCGUCCAAGAACUCACCGGUCAAGACGCCGCUGAUCUACCACCGGAGUCCCCCGCCACUUUCCCCGCCGCAGAUCUCCACCGUCCUUGUGAGUCCUCGGGGAUGAACUCUGAGCCGUUGGAUGAUGGAGGGAUCCGCGAGUACUAUUCACCCAUGGAUGAUGAAGUGUUUAAUGCUCCUCAUCAGAUGUCGUCGUCGGCAAGUCUUUCUGGAUUUUUCUCGUCUGGUUUUUACAAUGUGAAUGCUUUAGAAAGCAUUGGUUCUCUCUGAUUCCAAAUUACAAUUCUUAUUAUAUAUCUAAGUUUCCACACUGAAGAAGCAAAUCAUCUAUACCUAGUUUUAGGGUUUUCAUCGAAACAUAUAUAUAUAUACCGCUAGCUUGGUGAAUUAUUUGCGUUUGUGAGUAGAUAUGUAUAGCAAACCGUGGUCAGUCCAAGCGAGAAAUAUUUUAUUUGUUUGUUUUUUUUAAAUAUAUAUAAUCAAACCUUAUGAGAAA